CUUCCUGUUCGUACAUCCUCGUCGCGUGGCUAAACCAUUGGCUUCAUGUAAAUGUCUGGCCCGAGUUGGAUGGUUAAUCUAAGCUCGUAAUCCAUGCCAUCUAGAAGCCGAAGGCGCGUGUGCGGUAUCGGCGGCAACAGCAGCGGCUCAGAACAGCCCCAACCGUUGGUGAAGCGUGGUGGUAUUGAGAGAGGCGAGUAGCUCGGUAACUCAGCUGGGCUGUGCUAGCAUUAUUGGAAGAUCUCACUCGAACUUUACAAGAUCAAUUAACCAGUUCAGCAGUAUUCAGCACCGUUGCCCGGCUGUAGUUCGUCAUCAUCAUUGCUCAAUCAUUCGGUCUGGCCAGUCAUCAGCACGCUACUGGUUGUCGGAUUGAUACGCAUACGUCAUAACGCGAUCAUUAGGAAGGAAGGAAGCUAAGCUUCUUGGCCACGUACGGAACGGAUUAAGAUUAGUUUACGUUGGUCCUUCGCUAGCGGUGGACGCGAUUCGGUGAUUUCGAAACCUUUAUUACCAUCUCCAAGUGGUGUUUGGGGGAGUCGACACGGUCAUCGGUGGUGAAAAAGUGAGAGUGCGGAACACCCUUAGGCGGUGGCUGUAGUCUACAAACGAUCCCACGCGCUGCAAGUUUUCACCCAGUUAUCGGAUAUAGCACCAAGCACGUGAAAAGUGCAGAGCCCGGAAAGAGCAUUUCUUCGCGCCUUUUUUGUGUUGGAUAAGAGCAGAUCAAACAAGAUGAGACAAAUCGAUUUCGCAGCCGUACUAGUGCUGGCACUCGUGUUAUCGAUCAGCGUAUCCGAAGCCCGACGCAUCAAGCGACAGCAGUCGAAUCGAAAUCCCUUCACCACCUAUUUUCCACCGAGCCAGAAAUUUGUCCGAAACCGACCGUCACAAAUCAGCAGCACAAUCCAGCCGGUACGGACCACCUUCCUAACGUCCGACUUUUUCAACGACCUGACCACGACGGUCCGGGUAACGCGUCCACCACUGGAACCCAAAAAGCCGUCCAGGUCACGGGAAUUUUAUAUUUGCAUGACCAACUGCCUGACGCUGAGCCACUACAAUCCGGUCUGCGGAACGGACCACACCACCUAUCACAACGUGUACAAGCUGGAAUGCUCGAAUCGAUGCGGCGCAAGACCUAGAGUUCAAGUCAGAAAGCCGGGCAUUUGUUGAUAAAACACUUACGGUCCGUUCCGAGAGCCUUCGAUCCAGGUUGAAGUGGCUCUUACUUAGAGGUAGUUGAAAUGAUGUUGGAUUGUUCAGUAGAGUGUUAAUAAAUUAUUAUUGAAGCA